AUGGGCCUCUUGAACACCUUAGCUGUACUUCAAGCGUGGGUCGCAGAACAUGAGCUUCAUGGGCUACCAGAGUCAACAAUCGGCUGGAUCUUCAGUACUUACGGGUUCUUCUUGUACUUUUGCGGCGCACAAGUCGGCCCCGUUUUCGAUGCUCACGAUGUGAGAUUUCUUGUGGUACCCGGGUGUGUUGGCAUAGUCGCAGCAGUCAUGCUGAUGAGCCUUUGCAGCGAGUUCUACCAAUUCUUUUUGACAUUCGGCGUACUUGGUGGAGUUUCAGCUUCACUCCUCUUCAACCCAAGCAUCGCAGCCAUCGGGCAUUGGUUUUCGGAGCGACGCGCCCUCGCCACAGGCAUCGCCUGCACGGCUGGAGGAGUCGGCGGCGUUGUGUUCCCGCUGAUCAUUCUUUACCUUGCCCCUCGAAUCGGGUUUCCCUGGGCCCUGAGGACGGUCGGCUUCAUGUGCAUUGCCGCGUCUGUCCUCGCAUGCGUGCUUCUCAAAAAGAGACUACCACACAACAAGAGAGCCGGAGCAGCAAUCGACAUUAGGGCAUUGAAGGAUCCCAAGUUUGCUCUGACGACGCUGGCCGUUUUUCUCGUCGAGUUUGCGGUCUUCAUUCCAUAUACCUACAUCUGCUCGUAUGCGAUCCAUGAGGGUAUCGGCUUGCAGAAAUCGUUACUCCUCAGCGCCUUGCUCAACGCCGGCGCCAUCCCAGGCCGAGCAUUCCCCGGGUACGUGGCGGACCGCUUCGGCCCAUUCAAUGUCAUGUGCGUCACAUCAUUCGUGUGCGCAACUUUCAUCUUUGCUCUGUGGAUGACGGCUCAGGGCGUGGAGGCUCCAACGACCGCCUUCGCUGUCCUUUUCGGAUUCUGGUCAGGCGCGGCUAUAAGUUUGACGCCCGUCUGCAUCGGAAGGGUUUGCAAGACGGAAGACUAUGGGAAGAGAAGCGGGACCGCGUUCUGUAUUGCCAGUAUUGCCGCUCUAGUUGGCAUCCCGUUCGCAGGCGCCAUUCUGCAAUGGUGCGAUGGCGAGUACUACGGGGUGAUAAUCUUCGCGGGCGGCCUGUAUGUAUUGUCGCUUCUAGCUUUUGUUGUCGCGAGAGGUGUCGCUGGUGGUUGGGGCCUGACUGUUAUCUUCUGA